AUGGACCCAAAUCUCUUGAACAUCAAGUCGUCAUUGAUGACAAAUGAAGAUGGGAGUGUAGCAGAAAAUGAAAAUGCAGCUAUGCCUGAAGAAGACUACGAAGCCGUUGCAUUUCACGAGAAUUUGCAUGAUUCUGGUCUAGAAUUAAGGUCAUCAAGCAGGCGAAUUGACAGAUGUAACCAACUUGACAACUCUGUAAGCUUAGAAUCUCAGGAAGUCAUCGAAAUGUGCAUUGACAUCGAGCCCCAACCUGCAGAGGAGAUACCAGAUCUUCUCUUUGAGGAGGAUGAAGAAGAGAAUUCGGAAGAAAAGAUCUUUGAUGAACAGGAAAUCUCGUUGGUUGUGGCUGACUUUGAAAUCCCAUCAUCCAACCAGCCAUUGCCUGAAGUUGAACAAGUCACCCCAUCACUUAUUCAAAUAGAAGCAGAACUGACUUCUGCAGAGCCCCAACCUGCAGAAGAGAUACCAGAACUUCUCUUUGAGGAGGAUGAAGAAGAGAAUCCGGAAGAGAAGAUCAUUGAUGAACAGGAAAUCUCGUUGGUUGUGGCUGACUUUGAAACCCCAUCAUCCAACCAGCCAUUGCCUGAAGUUGAACAAGUCACCCCAUCACUUAUUCAACUAGAAGCAGAACUGACUUCUGCAGAGCCCCAACCUGCAGAAGAGAUACCAGAACUUCUCUUUGAGGAGGAUGAAGAAGAGAAUCCGGAAGAAAAGAUCAUUGAUGAACAGGAAAUCUCGUUGGUUGUGGCUGACUUUGAAACCCCAUCAUCCAACAAGCCAUUGCCUGAAGUUGAACAAGUCACCCCAUCACUUAUUCAACUAGAAGCAGAACUGACUUCUGCAGAGCCCCAACCUGCAGAAGAGAUACCAGAACUUCUCUUUGAGGAGGAUGAAGAAGAGAAUCCGGAAGAGAAGAUCAUUGAUGAACAGGAAAUCUCGUUGGUUGUGGCUGACUUUGAAACCCCAUCAUCCAACCAGCCAUUGCCUGAAGUUGAACAAGUCACCCCAACACUUAUUCAAAUAGAAGCAGAACUGACUUCUGCAGAGCCCCAACCUGCAGAAGAGAUACCAGAACUUCUCUUUGAGGAGGAUGAAGAAGAGAAUCCGGAAGAGAAGAUCAUUGAUGAACAGGAAAUCUCGUUGGUUGUGGCUGACUUUGAAACCCCAUCAUCCAACCAGCCAUUGCCUGAAGUUGAACAAGUCACCCCAACACUUAUUCAAAUAGAAGCAGAACUGACUUCUGCAGAGCCACAACCUGCAGAAGAGAUACCAGAACUUCUCUUUGAGGAGGAUGAAGAAGAGAAUUCGGAAGAAAAGAUCAUUGAUGAACAGGAAAUCUCGUUGGUUGUGGCUGACUUUGAAAUCCCAUCAUCCAACCAGCCAUUGCCUGAAGUUGAACAAGUCACCCCAACACUUAUUCAACUAGAAGCUGCACUGACUUCUGCAGAGCCCCAACCUGCAGAAGAGAUACCAGAACUUCUCUUUGAGGAGGAUGAAGAAGAGCCUUCGGUUGUAUUGGAACCUCCAUUAGCUUUCUCCUCAUCUGCUCCAUUUGACGUAAACCAGGGAUUGUCUGAUCCAUCAGAAAAGCCGAAGCAAGAACUGCCUGUUUAUAGGGAAGAGGCAAGCGCAUGGAAUAACAAUGUCAUUCAAGAAAAAGAAAAGUCAUUGUCAAUCAAUUUCUGGGAUAUUCCAACAUCAAACCAACUUGUGCCAAAAGGUGACAAAGGUUCCACAUCAUCGGAACAAUUCGCAAGAGGCUCUCUCGAGAAGCAAUAUCCGUCAGGGAAUAACGCUGCUUCAUCAAAGAAACUCGGUCCCUACGACAAGGUGGUACUAUCCAGAACUGGUACUUCCGUGUAUGAUGAAGAAGCUGAAAAGCUCAAGACAAACUGCAACCAAUUUGCGAAAUUGCUUGACGAAAUCGAAUGUUCUUUCAACUAUUUUGACGACGGAUUCAAACGAAUAGAAUCGCGCCUGCAUGGUGCAGCAAAGCAGCGAGUGGAAAAGGAAGAUGUCGUCCAUGAAAACAAACGGCUGGCUUUAUUGAACGAAGAGCUCUGUAAAAAAGUGGAAGCUUUAUACAAGCAACUUGAACAGGAAGUCAAUAUGCAGAAAGGUAUGACAGAGCAUCAAUUUAACCUGGAGACCGAGAAUGAGCAGCUUCGUUUGCAAGCCGAUAAGCUUAUGAAGGAUAAAAACAAAGACGAAGUUCUACUUGGGCUUCUCGAAAAAGAAAAUGGGGAGCUAUUGGUCAAGUCUUUCAAAUUAAAUGAAUUGGAAAUUCAAGAGAAGAAAACACAAGAAGAGAUGGAAAAAUGCUUGACUGAGCUUUCAAAGAUCGAAGACAUUGUCAAGCAAAAGGAUGAGGAGAGAACACAUCUAGAAGAAGGAAUAUUUCAGCUACAAAAGAAGUGGGAAAGAGAACACUUAAGGCUAUUAGAGGCACAAGACGAAAAUGACAGUUUAAUAUCUAAAAUUUCCGAUUAUCGCGUCAAGUUGGAUCACCUUGAAAGAGAACAUAAACUGACUCAAGAGGUGUCCAUAGAGCAACGUGAAACAAUUUCGUCUUUAAACCUAAAAAAAGCUGAUCUUUCAGUUGAGAUUGACAAUUUGAAAUUUCGUCUAAGAAGCUUUGUGAAUUUGGAAGAGCAGAAUGAGGCGCUGAAUGAAGAGCUACGAAAAGCAAAGAACAAUUUACGGGCAAUGGAGAAUGUGUACACGGUUUCAAUGGCCGAUGCAAUAAAGUUUCGCGGCAAAUAUGAUGAGGCAUGUUAUGAGCUUGAAGGGCUCAAAGCAACGAUUGAUUUGCUAUCUACUGAGAAAAAGGAACUGAGUGAAAAAUGUGACAGAUUGGAAAACGAAAUGACCAAAGAAUUGCUUGGGCAUGAAGGAACUUUGAACAGUACUGACGGGAAAACCGAGGCACUUGAGUCAAACUUAAAUUUGAAAAAUGUGCCAGAAGAUAGCAGCUUUUGGGGAAAUGAAGCCAAGAGAAGCAAAGAUUAUAAAACUAAUUUUGAUUAAGGACCAAAAAUUGAACCAAACAAAAUUGACCAUUUUAUAAUGGUCGUAGUAGCCUAAAUUGGUAUGACUUAACUAAAAAUGUAAAAGGCAAGUUGAUUUAUUUAAUGAACAUUGUCGAAUUGAAUGAAUCUAUAUUUUCAAUGCCUGUGUAUUUGUUCAGAGAAUUCUUGAAGGCCAAAAACGGAAGUGGUAAACAGAAACUUUCAAUCACUAUGACCAAAGUUUCUUUCGAUUGGGUUUUGACAUAUCUAAUUGUGGAUAAAAAAGGAAUUAAGAUGAUAUUUUUUAUUCACAAUACGGAUGGCUUGACUUACAGAGAAUAUCAUCUUGAAAAGACAGUAUUUGACAAUUUCAUUAAGGUUAGGCCUAUGUGUGCAAUGAUUGAUGACUGCCAAUUAAAGCAGAAAGUAAGGAUUAACAGUGGUGGUCGCCCCGUGGUCCUUGGAUGCGGUUGAAGAGGCUGUCGUGUCUAAAUGCUUUCAAUGUCAAAUAGUAAUGUAACAACCAAGGGCCAAGUGCAAAAUUCGAUCAUUAAAACAACAAACAAGCAAAAAGUAGAUUAUGAAGCUUCAAUGCUUGAGCUUAAGAUUAAAUGUCAUAGAUUAAAGAUAGAGCAUUUUUGCUGCAAUAUACCUGGGUCUCUCUAUUAUUGGCAAAGUAUCUGAGAGUUUGUCAAAUUAUGGAAACGAA